AUGGAAAUGCUUACAUUUAAUUUAAAAGAUGGCCAUUUAGAGGCUAUGGUAAGAGGAUUUCGUUCUGGUUUCUUAACAAUGGAGGAAUAUAACUUGAUAGGACAAGCAGAAACAUUAGAAGAUAUGAGGACAGCUAUGGAAGAAACAGAUUAUGGCACAUUUUUACAAGAUGAACCUUUAUCUUUAUCCGUAACUAGAAUUACACAAAAAUGCCGUGAAAAAUUUGCUUCAGAAUUCCGCCUAUUAAGAUCUCAAGCUUAUGAACCACUUGCUACUUUUCUAGAUUAUAUUACAUAUGAAAAAAUGAUUGAUAAUGUUAUUAAUGUAAUUCAGGGUGCUAUUAAUAAAAAACCAGCUGAUGAAUUAUUAAGUCGACUUGAUCCCUUAGGUUAUUUCCCAGAAAUUCGUGCAUUUGUUGCAUUAGAUCUAUCAUCCUCAUUUGAUGAAUUGUAUAAAUCUAUAUUAAUUGAUACAUCUAUAGGACCUUAUUUUGAUCAAUUUUUACGCUCAUUUACUGGUGAAUAUGAGGAUGUAACAUCUAUUGUUAAAGAAACUGAUUUAGAAAUUCUACGUAAUUUUUUGAAAAAAUCAUGGCUCGAAGAUUUUUAUGAAUUUUGCCAAACAUUAAAUAGUACUACUAAGGAGGUAAUGAGUCAUAUAUUAAAAUCUGAAGCUGAUUUUCGUUUAUUAGCAAUAACUCUAAAUUCACUUAAUUUUAAUUUAGCUAACACAGCUUCACUUUAUCCAAAUUUUGGUUAUUUAUAUCCAGAAGGUACAGAACAAAUUAGAAAAGCUUGGAAUGAUACAAGAGUUAGAGCAGCUUUAGAACCUUAUACUAAAUAUUAUGCUUUAUAUGAGCAAUGUAAGACAUUUUAUGUAAGUGAUAAUGUUAAUGAUUUUGGUUUAAAUACUGAUAUAUCAAGAAAUGAACAUACAAAUCGUAGGAAUUUGGCUGAUAGACAAUUUAAGAGUUUAGAGGAUCUCCUUUAUGCAGAAAUAGUAUCAUUAUGUGAAUUGGCAUUUGAACAACAAAUGAAUUAUGGAGUAUUUUAUGCAUGGACUAAAUUGAAAGAACAAGAAAUUAGAAACAUAACGUGGAUUGCAGAUAUGAUUCUAAUGAAAAGGAGAGAUCAAGUUGAUGCGAUUGUACCAAUAUUUGCACCUAGAGUAUAA